GAUGAGGACAGCAGUGUGAUGCGUGAUGACUCAUUCUUGGGUGCGUGUGCUGUGUUCAUGGGUGGGCAGCAGAUGCGCUUCCCUUCAGCGCAUCAGCGACAGCGACUGAUCACUCACGGCACAGCCGAACUGCGAAGAGCCCUGACAGUCCCACAGACGAUGCAACCUCGCGCCGUGUGCGAUCACUCGGAAGGGCCUGCGCUGGCACAGCGUCUGCAGCGAGAGAACGGCAUGACAGGCACUGAACUGUGUGACUGCCUACUCACUACACCUCACACACGCGUGGGCGUCUCACAGCACCUCCUGUCUGCAUUGGACACGUGGGCGGCGCAUGAAGGUAGGUGUCUCCCCAGGCUAUAA